GAGGAGGAACGCGCAGAUGUCUCGUCCAUUCCCGUCGGUACCGAACACGGUACAACGUCGGCCGUUACUUUCGCGAGUUUGGUUCGUGGGUAAUCGCGUUCGCGUUAAGAGUCGCAGUUCGCGGUUCGUCGUGCUUCGAGUAGCCGACCUGGGGAAGGCAUGGAAUGUUCCGAGGAACGUUACAGAACGCUGUGCUCGUUGGAGACGGUGCGAUCCGGAAAGAAGGGAUUUUUCCGUGACUUUAGCGAGCACGUAUCAAGCGUCGCCGGCGAGGCCUGGAUCGCGAAAGUGUUCGGUCGCCUGACCGACGACGAGAGUCGAAUUCGGGCGUUGUUUACGGACCAGAAGAUCAAAACCGCGGUACUCGAUACUUUGAGCAGAACGAAAACUCUGUACAGAGCCAAAGACGCGAACGCGUCCAAGGCGCGUAGACUCGAGGGAUUCGUGGCAGCGGCCGCGGCCGACCGAGAGAAAGCACUCUUGCUUUUCAGUCAAGCCGUGCUUCGCGCCCCGGUCCCAGAGAAAUGCGAGAAAUCUGUCGAUGCAGGGCUCGCGCUGCCGCUCGCGUUGCUCGGCCGAGCCGAAACAUUUCUUGCCAGCAACGAGCACGUCCUUGCCCUGGAAGACUUGGCUCUGCUCGAGGAGAUCGAGCUUCCGGAGCAGCUACGGAAGGAGCUUGCAAGGAAAAAGGAGGAGUGCGAGAGAUUCUUGCGGGCAAACGAAAAGAGUCUGAUUACCGUUAAGGAACACUCGCAACGAGAAAAAGUUGCUCGCGUCCCCGAGACGAAACCAGCGCCGGGUAGUUUGACGGGAGGCGAAAAUCCGCUACUUCCGGGCGCGUCGGCUCUGUUGGAAAUCGAAGAAACCGCUCGAGCGGGGAAGCGAGCGAUCGCGGCGAAAGAGAUCGGUCCAGGCGACACGCUGGUGAUCGAGCCACCGCUCGCUGCUUGCUUGCUACCAGAAUAUUUUGGCACUCACUGUCACCACUGUUUCUCGAGAUUGAGAAAUCCGAUAGGAUGUCCGGACUGUAGCAGCGUCGCGUUCUGCGGCAGAGCGUGCAGAGACACGGCGCUCGCAACCUAUCACCGAUACGAGUGCAAGAUCCUGGCGCUGGCGAUAGGUUCGGGGAUGAGCGCUUUGAGCAUGCUCGCGUUGCGAAUGGUCACCGGUAACGGUCCGAGCAAGUGCGCCGAGAUUUACGAAUCGCUGAGACGUGGAAAUCGCGAGUCCGAAGGUGCCGCGAAGUCGUCGUUGAACGAUCGAGCAGAGACCGAGCCGUGGACGAAGCCGAGCAGAUCGGCGAAACGACGAAUUAGGAAGAAAAAGUUGCGCGACUCGAGAUACCGGGACCGGGAGGCAACCGAAAUCGAGGAACAACGCGAGAGCCGCGUCGAUUUGCGUGCGUACGACCUGGUGAGCCACGAGAACGAACGAACGCCGACGGACUUGUUCGAGCGAUCAUUGAUGGCGGCGUUCUUACUCAAGUGUCUGCAGAGAGUCGAGUUUUUCGAGAAACCCGCGAAAGACGAUGCUCCCCCGGGCGAACGAGAGAUCGGGGUGGCCGUGUUGUUGCUCAAGCAUCUACAGUUGCUGCAGUUCAACGCUCACGAGGUGUUCGAGACUCGACUCGGGCCGGAACACCGGUUCCGUGGCAGCCGACCGAUCUACCUCGGGGUGGCCAUUUAUCCCACGGUCGCUCGAUUCAAUCACGACUGCUACCCGGCGGUAACCAGGUACUUUGUCGGUCGAUGCAUCGUGAUUCGAGCUAUUCGCAGCCUGAAGCCCGGGGAAGUGGUCGCCGAGAAUUAUGGGCCGAUAUUCACCAAGAGAAACUUGGACGAACGCCGGCGAACUCUGGCCGGAAGAUACUGGUUUCGCUGCGAGUGCACGGCAUGUCGAGAGGAUUGGCCUAGUUUCGAAACAUUGACCAACGAUCGCGUCAAGUUAAGAUGUCCGACGGAAGGAUGCGAGAAGCUUCAUAGGCUACCGCGGGACCCGAGCCGAGCCGUCGAAUGCUCCAGCUGUCGGCGAAAAGUCGAUCUGUUCGAAUCGGUCCAAGGUUUGCGCGCUUGCGAGGAUCUCUACGGUCGCGGAUUCGCGGCAAUGGACGAGGAGCAACCCGAGAGGGCCUUGGAGGCGUUCUUCGAGGUGGCGAGAAUGUUUCACAGAAUCGCGGUGCCUCCCCACAAGGACACGCACUUGGCCGAGAUAGCGGCGAGCGCGUGCAUGGCCAACGCUGGCAACGUUUGGCGUCAGAUUCCUCUAUCGAACCCGAAUCGAACACAAACGCGUACCUCCUCCUCGUGAAAUAACAAAUAUUCGCGACCUUUAGUCGAAAUUGCGAAUACGUAAGAUAAAUACCAACGUACUGUUUGUAAAGAAAGAAAUAAAUCGAUCGAGCCUCCUCUUGACGUCCUAUAAUACACAUAUGUACACGUAUACUCGCAUUUCGUGUUCCAUCUC